AUUAUCGUGCUAGCGAAUCCUGUGGUCAAUCCUGUGGUAGCUUCACACUAGUUUGUUUACGCGCGCGGUCAGCUUCCACUGUCUGUACUAAUUACUGUCUGUAUUAUAUAUUAAUAUAUAUUUACGGCCCUGAAUUCCGUGCCGUACCAAAUAUCGUGCCGUGUGUAGUUGUGCGUAGUGUAAACAGGGGUUUACUCUAAUCAGUAUAUGGUAUUAAAUUGAUAGAACACUUGUCAGUUGCAAAACUUUUGAUGUAUUUGAAUGAUGAUCGAAUUUUGAUGGCUGAAUAGUGAACCGCGAAGGGAUGAAAUCAUUGAAAUGUGCCUGUAUUAUGUCUCAAUUUUUAAAACUAUUAUCAUCGAUUAUUUAAUAUUAAACAUCAUAAAGAAUUAUCAUCUUCCCAAGCCAGGGGCCUAGCCUGCCCAAAUCUAUCUGUAUAAAUGCAUUUGAGCAUUUCCCGCCAUAGACCUAGUUGUUUUACUUGAUUUACCUUAACUCUGGAGCAAUUCAAAUGUAUAAAUCAAAUUUUCCAACAGUUUAUAUAUUAUCAAUGUAAAAGAUAGGUUGUUCUAACGAAUGGAGGUAAAAUAUAGGCUUCUUCUACUAGAUGAAUGUCAGACGACCACAACACAAAUACACCAAGCCAUCAUGUUGAUCAACAACUUGCAGAAAGCUCUGUGCCAUUGUUGAAGCAAAGAAGUUCUGAUGAAUGGUAUAAUCUGGGAUUGUUCUUGUAUUAUAAGGGACGUGUCCAAGCAGCCUUUAUAGCCAUCGUUGUAAAUGCUCUGCAAUAUAAUCCCAAUCACGAGGGCAGUAGAGCUAUUGCACCGUUAAAGAUGGUUCCAAAAGCCAUUAUGGAUUUCACAGACGCCAUUGAGUUGGAUGUCAGCCAUCUGAAAGCACAUCUUUUCAGGGCGAAGUGUUACUUCGCAAUUGGACAGUAUGAGAAAGCCAGUGAAGCACAUUAUGAAAUCUACGCCAUGACUGGCAUACCAGAGUAUUAUCGAUUAUCUGAAGAAGCAUACAAUGAGGAGUGUAACCUCGAUUUUGCCCUCUUUACCCUAUCGUUGACUCGAGAUUGUUCAGUCUUGGACGUGAAGGCAGCCUUUCGUAGGGAGGCGCGACUGCAUCAUCCAGAUCUCCAUGCGGGGGCGAGUAAUGAGAUACAAGAAAGAGAAGAGGAAACAUUCAAGGAGGUACAACGAGCCCGUCAAAUUCUCCUUGAUUUUUUGAAAAGGAAGAAUCGUUUCAAUAAUAACCAUGUGUGGUUUUCAAACACAGAUUAUUUUGAGCUCUGAAUAAGCUCAGUUAAUCCAAGAUCAACCAAUUUAAAGAACAAUACUGACAGUGGGUACUAAGCAAAAAACAUGAUUUUAUCUCUUGUAUUUUUUAUCUAUCUCACUAGUGCCUCCUGAUUUAUAUCCCGAUUUAUAUAACAAACAUAUAAAUAAUCUACAUAAAUUAGAUAAUAAUUCUGAUGAUUGUGGUAAGCAAAUAUUUUAUUGUAUUGUACAAUGUAACUGCAUGUUUUAGUAGUUUAAUGUGGCAAAUUAAAGCCGUUAAAUUAAUAAUUAAUUAAAUUAAAUUUUACUAUUGAAAAAUAGGUUAUAGCAAACAGAGAUGGGGCAUAGCUUGGGUGGAGUUAAAGGUAUUUUUUUGCCAAGGUUCUUUGCAAAUAUGUAAAGUAUUUGCCAGGUGCACAGACCACCUAAAAAUCUUUUUUAUCUUUGAAAACAAAUACAUGAAACAGUGGUUGUAAAAUAGUGUUGUAAAAUGUGCUUUCCCGGCAUUUUUCAUGUUUGUGCUACAAAAAUAAAUAAAUACAACAUUGAAAGGGUGUCCCAUCCCCCACCCCAUAGUUACGCCCCUGAUUGAUAUUACAGUAACAAUUUAUUUAAAAUAUAUUUUAUGGAAUAUGAAUGUAAAAGAAACAAGAAUAUACUCUAUCAUUUUAUUUGGG